CACAUGUUGAAAGAAGAAAUCAGGAUGUUCGACUCGGGUUUAUUCGGGUUUGAUGUUAUUCCCCCGGCACGCAGCCAAACAACACCCCCACCACUUUGCUUUAGCUCGUCUGGCUGCCCAGGAUGGCCUCUAGAACCGCUGUCGCCGCCGUCGACUUCACCCGUAUAUACUCGACACUUGGACUCGGAAAAGAGACCAUUGCCUCGCUGCAAGCUUUCCGGAAACGACACGCCGAGGCGCAGCGGCUGCAAUCCCAAUACGCCGCCGAGCCGACUACCGUCGACAUCGCGCACUACCGCUCGGUUCUCCGCAACCAGGCCGUCGUUGACGAGGCCGAGAAGCUCCUCAAGGGCUUCAAGCCCGUAACAUAUGACGUGGACGCACAUGUGAAGGCGAUUGAGGCGUUCGAGGCCAAGGCGGUCGUUUCUGCGCAGGCUAUGGAGGAGAAAAUCGACGCCGAGGUGAAGGAGCUGCAGGCCACCCUCGCCAACAUCGAGGAGGCCCGUCCCUUCGAGGAUCUCACGGCGUUCGAAGUCGGUGACGCACACCCGCGUCUCGUCCAGGUUAUGGAGACGAUGAUGAAGAAGGGAAAAUUCACCGUGCCCGGCUACGCAGAGAAGUUCGGCGAUCUCAACGUCCUCUAAUCGUUCAACCAGCCAUGUCCAUUCCAUAGAAACAAUUUGCGCAGUAAUGAACUUUCCGGUCCUGAUCGUGCAGCCGAACGCCAAGUAGUGCAUCGACGCUUGGUUGUCCGGG